UAGCGUUUCGCGCGAUUUUAGGGUUCUUGAUCCCUCUUUCCUAGCGAUGCCGCUCAGCAUUGGAUCUGCACGGGACAGCGUCAAGGGAGAAUUCUUUGGCCCGCAACAUAGCAUGAGCGAAGCAUAUGAAAUUGAGCUCAAGGUGCGCGAUUACGAGUUAAACAACUAUGGUCUCGUACAGAACACGGUGUACGCGAGCUACUGCGACCAUGCAAGACACGAGUUAUUUGAAGAGCUGGGAAUCAAUACUGAGGCUCUUGCCGGGACUGGUGCUGUGCUUGCGCUUGCGGAGCUCAACAUCAAGUACUUGAGCCCUUUGAAAUCAGGGGAUGUUUUCCUUGUUACGGCUAGGAUAACUGGAUCGUCGGCUGUGAGACUGUUUUUCGACCACAACAUUUACAAGCUUCCUCACAAAGAACCAGUGUUAGAGGCUAAAAGGAUUGUUGUUUGUCUGGACAAGAACGACAAACCAAUCAAAUUUCCAGCGCGCUUUAGAAAUAUACUUAAUUUAUUUAUGAGAAAUCAAGGAUAA